GGUCCCCGGGGCCCCCCCGGCGGCGCCGUCCUUGGCUCAAGGGCAGCGGGACCCCCCGCGGCGCGGGCCCCCCCGCCCCGCCCCCCCGCCCCGCCGGCGCUGCCCAUGGGCCCGGCACGAUGCCGGUGCGGCGGGGGCACGUCGCCCCCCAGAACACCUUCCUGGACACCAUCAUCCGCAAGUUCGAGGGGCAGAGCCGCAAGUUCAUCAUCGGGAACGCGCGCGUGGAGAACUGCGCCGUGAUCUACUGCAACGAGGGGUUCUGCCGGCUCUGCGGGUACUCGCGGGCCGAGGUGAUGCAGCAGCCCAGCACCUGCGACUUCCUGCACGGGCCCCGCACCCAGCGCCGCGCCGCCGCCCAGAUCGCCCAGGCGCUGCUGGGCGCCGAGGAGCGCAAGGUGGAGAUCUGCUUCUACCGCAAGGAUGGCAGCUCCUUCCCGUGCCUGGUGGACGUGGUGCCGGUGAAGAACGAGGAUGGCACCGUCAUCAUGUUCAUCCUCAACUUCGAGGCCGUGAGGGAGCCCGAGCCCGGGGAGGCCCCGACCCCCGGCACCAACCACUGGGUCACUCCGGCACCCUGGGGCCCGGCAGGACGCAGCCGGUCCCUGCGGCUGAAGCUGCUGGCGCUCACGGGCAGCCGCCAGUCGCUGCCCCCCGAGCCCCCGGAGCCGCCGGACGUGGUGGUCGUGGAGCCGGGGCUCACGGACCCGCUGGCCGCGGACCCGGCCCCGCCUGCCGGCGACUCGGGCCCCGAGGACGGCUCGUCCUCGCUGGAGGCCGGCGCUGGGGACCGGCCCGAGGACGAGGCGGCGCUGAUGGGGGACCCCGAGCCGCCGGUGCCGCGGCCGUCCCCGCGGGCCGAGCGCCUGGCGCUGGCCUUCGCCAACCACAGCCUGGCCCGGAGCCGCUCCCGGGAGCGCCGGUCCCGGGAGAGCCUCCGCAGCCUCCGCCGGGCGUCCUCCGUCGAUGACAUCGAGGCCAUGAAGGGGGACGGCGACAAGCGCUGCCACAGCCGCCACGCCAGCGCCAGCACCGGCACCGGCCUGCAGCGCGGCUCCAGCACCGGCGCGGUGGCCGCGGUGCGCAGCGCGCUGCUGAACUCCACGUCGGACUCGGACCUGGCGCGGUUCCGCGCCAUCGGCCGCAUCCCGCAGAUCACCCUGAACUUCAUGGAGCUGCCCCCGGGGGGGCUGCGGGCCCCCGGCCCGGCCCCACGGCCCAUCAUCGCCCCCACCAAACUGCGCGACCGCACCCACAACGUCACCGAGAAGGUCACACAGGUGCUGUCCCUGGGCGCCGACGUGCUUCCCGAGUACAAGCUGCAGGCGCCGCGCAUCCACCGCUGGACCAUCCUGCACUACAGCCCCUUCAAGGCCGUGUGGGACUGGCUGAUCCUGCUGCUGGUCAUCUACACGGCCAUCUUCACGCCCUACUCGGCCGCCUUCCUGCUCAGCGACUCCGAGGAGGCGCAGCGGCACCAGUGCGGCUACUCCUGCAGCCCCCUCAACGUGGUGGACCUCAUCGUGGACAUCAUGUUCAUCAUCGACAUCCUCAUCAACUUCCGCACCACCUACGUCAACUCCAACGAGGAGGUGGUCAGCCACCCCGCCAAGAUCGCCAUCCACUACUUCAAGGGCUGGUUCCUCAUCGACAUGGUGGCCGCCAUCCCCUUCGACCUGCUCAUCUUCGGCUCCGGCUCCGAGGAGACCACCACGCUGAUCGGGCUGCUGAAGACGGCGCGGCUGCUGCGGCUGGUGCGGGUGGCGCGGAAGCUGGACCGCUACUCGGAGUACGGCGCGGCCGUGCUCUUCCUGCUGAUGUGCACCUUCGCGCUGAUCGCCCACUGGCUGGCCUGCAUCUGGUACGCCAUCGGCAACGUGGAGGGGCAGCGCACGGGCUGGCUGCACGCCCUGGGCCAGCAGAUCGGCAAGCCCCUCAACGGCACCUUCGGGCCCUCCAUCAAGGACAAGUACGUCACCGCGCUCUACUUCACCUUCAGCAGCCUCACCAGCGUCGGCUUCGGCAACGUGUCCCCCAACACCAACUCCGAGAAGAUCUUCUCCAUCUGCGUCAUGCUGAUCGGAUCGCUGAUGUACGCCAGCAUCUUCGGGAACGUGUCGGCCAUCAUCCAGCGGCUGUACUCGGGCACGGCGCGCUACCACACGCAGAUGCUGCGGGUGCGCGAGUUCAUCCGCUUCCACCAGAUCCCCAACCCGCUGCGCCAGCGCCUCGAGGAGUACUUCCAGCACGCCUGGUCCUACACCAACGGCAUCGACAUGAACGCGGUGCUGAAGGGGUUCCCCGAGUGCCUGCAGGCCGACAUCUGCCUGCACCUGAACCGCAGCCUGCUGCAGAACUGCGCCCCGUUCCGCGGGGCCACCAAGGGCUGCCUGCGGGCGCUGGCCAUGAAGUUCAAGACCACGCACGCCCCGCCCGGGGACACGCUGGUGCACGCCGGGGACGUGCUCACCGCGCUCUACUUCAUCUCCCGCGGCUCCAUCGAGAUCCUGCGCGGCGACGUCGUGGUCGCCAUCCUGGGUAAGAACGACACCUUCGGGGAGCCGCUGCACCUGCACGCCCGGCCCGGGAAGUCGCGGGCGGACGUUCGGGCACUCACCUACUGCGACCUGCACAAGAUCCUGCGGGAGGACCUGCUGGAGGUGCUGGACAUGUACCCCGAGUUCUCCGACCGCUUCUGGGGCACCCUCGAGAUCACCUUCAACCUGCGCGACACCAACAUGAUCCCCGGUUCCCCGGGCAGCGACGAGCUGGACGGAGGCUUCUCCCGGCUCCGCCGCCGCAAGCUGUCCUUCCGCCGGCGGCCCGAGAAAGAUGUCCCCAGUCCCGAGGAGUCCCGGGCGCUGCGGGGCGACGGCGGGGGCGGCCAAGCCCCCGGAGCCCCCCGAGGCCCGGCCGAGUGGGACCCCCCCAGCCCCUCCAGCUGCGGCUCCAGCGAUGAGGAGGAGCCCCCCGCGCCCCCGCCGGGGGCCACGGCGCUGUCCCCGUUCCGCAGCGCCCCCGCGGCUCCCCCCGAGCCCGAGGAGCGGGAGGGCAGCGACAUGUGCAACCCCCUCUCAGGCGCCUUCUCGGGGGUCUCCAACAUCUUCAGUUUUUGGGGUGACACCCGGGGCCGCCAGUACCAGGAGCUCCCCCGUUGUUCCCACGGGGCCCCCCCAAAUCCCCCCCCGACCCUGACCCGCCGCCAGCGCUCCGACCUGGAAUCCCGCUUGGAUCUGCUCCAAAAACAGCUCAACAGGCUGGAGUCGCGGCUGAGCUCGGACAUCUCCUCCAUCGUGCACCUGCUGCAGCGCCAGGCGCCGGUGCCCCCCGCCUACAGCGCCGUCACCUCCCCGCACCAGCCCCCGGGGCCGCUGCCCCCCACCCUGCCCAUCACCCCCAUCCGCCCGCUCGCUCAGGUGCCGCGCCCCCCGUGCGCCCCGGAGCCCCCGGACGUGGUGCUGCUGCUGGAGCCGCCCCCGCCGCGGCGCCGCUCCCUGCCCGGGGCGCUGCCCCCGCCCGCGGGGACCCCCCCGGGGACCCCCCCGCUCCAGAGACACUGCUCCGACCCCGGCAGCUAAUGGGAGCGCCGGGGCGCGGCGGGACCCCGGAGCCACGGGACCCCCGACCCCGGAAAGCGGGACCCCCGGAGCCACGGGACCCCCGAC